UCAGCAACUCUCAAGCUUCGUAGUAUCGUCUCUCACCAAGCCGGAAGCAGUACAGGAGAUUCUUACGAUCGAAGCAAAACAAUGGCGAUGCCACCGUCAGCAUGCGCCGUCUCCUUCGCCGCGCGCCCGGCGCUGGGAACAACGACGUUCCGGCCGCGCGCCUCCGCCUCCACCUCAGCGGGCGCCAAGCGUGUCCGCGCAGGAGCACCCAAGGGAGGCAAGUGGUGGGCGCCGCUGGCGGGUUGGUCCGGGCGUGCGGACUACAUCGAGGCUGCGACGCCGGCGAUGGUGGCGGACGAGGAGGAUAACGCGGGGAGGUCGUUCGUGGGCGGGCUGACGGAGGAGAAGGCGCGGCAACUCCGGGCGCGGAUGGCAGAGAUGGAGAGCUUUCACGACGCCAUGUACCACUCGGCAAUCGCCUCCCGGCUCGCACGCACCGCCUAGGCCGCCGACCGCCAGAGAACCUACCAACCAGCUCGCCGGACAAUCUUAUGUGCCCGUGCGUGCCAGUGUACAACUGUACAGAAGGAACCAGCCAGCUCGCCGACCCCACCAGACAAGCUCACUACAGGAAUCUGCCAAGAUGCCGACGGCCUCCAGCCCUCGGCGUAUCACAGCCUCGCCCUCGGCGUACGCUACGCCGAUGGGGCCCCUCGGCGUAGCUC